AUGGUUUGGCUUGGUGGGUUAGAAUUUGCAAUUGCGAGAUGCAAUGAUCAAAACUUCACUAGCUUAGAAGAGAACUAUGCCAUUACAUGGGGCAGAAGCCAUGUCUCCUUCCAGGAUCAAGGAAGACAGAUUCAACUUUCUAUGGAUAAAUCCUCUGGUUCUGGAUUCGGUUCCAAGUUGAACUACAGCUCGGGGUUCUUCGAUCUGAUGAUGAAGCUGCCAAACAAAGACUCUGCUGGAAUUGUCACUGCAUUUUAUUUAUCGUCUCACACAAGUGACCAUACCGAGCUGGACUUCGAGUUCUUGGGCAACAGAGAAGGGAAGCCUGUCACUCUCCAAACUAAUGUCUUCAUUAACAGCCAUGGAGAAAGGGAGCAAAGGCUCUUCUUGUGGUUUGACCCCACUGCCAAUUUCCAUCACUACCAAAUACUUUGGAACUCCUACCAAACUGUGUUUUAUGUCGAUGAUGUCCCUGUUCGAGUUUUUCAAAACCUGUCUUUUGCGGGAGUUGAGUAUCUGACUCAGCCAAUGAGAAUAGAGGCUAGCAUUUGGAAUGGUGAGGAUUGGGCAACAGGUGGAGGCAAAGAGAAAAUUAACUGGGACUAUGCUCCAUUUCUGGCUCAGUUCCAAGGAUUUGAUGUGGAGGGUUGCGAUUCGGAUGGCGGUUUGGAUUGCUCAUCUGGCGAGCUGUGGUGGAAUGUGGAGAGGUACAGAGAGCUGAGUUCUGAUGAGAAGGAAGCUUAUGAGAAGGUGAAGAGGAGUUACUUGUACUACGAUUACUGCAAAGACGUGGCCAGGUUUCCUCAUCACCUACCUCCUGAAUGCAAACUAAUGCAGUAA